UAUACCUUUAGCUUUUCCGUAUAAAAUAAACCCAAUAAAACACAAUGACUUUCAUUCGAACUCUAUUCCUCCACAUUUUGGUAGUGGCUGUUGCAUGCGUGUGUAUUUCGUUACUCAUCAACAAUUAUGCGCAGUUUUCGCAGUAUUUCAACUAUCGGAUCAAGGCACAUAUCGGCGCAAACCAUUUGUUUAGCGAGACUGAGUUACAGCGCUACAAUGGACAGUUCAACGAGGAGCUAUACCUCGUGAUCUUAGGUCAUGUUUACGACGUUAGUAAGGGCGCUAAACACUAUGGUCCAGGCGAAGCGUAUCAUAUGUUUGUAGGUCACGACGCAUCCAGGGCGUUCAUUACCGGCGAGUUUGAGCAGUACAAUGAUAGUUUGAGCGAUGUAUCCGUACUGACCGACGAUGAAUUGCAGCAACUGUUUACGUGGAAAGAGUUCUACGACAAAACUUAUCCAUACCUAGGCAAAAUAAGGGGUCGCUACUUUGACGAUGGAGGAAGAGAGACCGCCUAUUUGCAGGAUAUUCGGGCGAGGGCUACAAAGUCUGUGCAAGCAACCAGAGAUGGUCCCAAAUAUCCUUCCUGUAACGUCGAAUGGAAAGCGCAACAUGGAACGCGCGUUUGGUGUACCAAUCGUAGUGGUACGGGACGGGACCGUCAAUGGGUGGGCCGUCCACGGAAAGUUCUUCCAGAUGCGGGCAGCGAUGAGAAGCGUGCCGUACAGUUUUGCGCCUGCCUGCCGGAAGACGUCACUGAUGCCCUAUACGUUACAUUUCCCAAUUGCGAUGAACAUACAUACUCUUGUAUGAUUCCCGAUCAGUAAUAAUUGCCAGCAGACUGUUGGUAAGAUAAUUUUCCGUAAAUGAUAGCUUACUCUACCAUAAAUUAGUAGUAUUACGGAUGUAGUUGAUGGUGCAAGUGCAAUUAUUAGCUAGUAGUAUGGCUGGGCUUUUCAGAAGGAUCACAAAUUUAAAAUUAAACCUCUUCUAUCACACUAUUAUUCUGAUACGACAUGUUUGAGAUGUCAACUGUUUUCUGAUAAGAGAUGAUACUUCUAUGUGAACAGAUUGCUUUGUGAACUAUAGUGUUUUAGUUUGAUAAUUUCAAAAGAAUUGCAGCAAUUAAUUCGUAAUCCGAUGUACAUCUAAUGCAGAAGUCAGAAGGCAAUAGCUUCUAGGCAAAUCGAAGAGGUAUGAAUCAACGCCUGUUUAUUAACAGAAUAGUUAACAAUAUGAUUAUUUCAGCUAAUGGGAAAGGGUACCAAAAGUAGCAUAUCAUUUUCGGCGAUCCACUUUAAUUCAAUAAAUUUCAGAGAAAGUA